AUGAGCUACGAAUUCAUUGAAUGGGUAAUGCAAACGAGUAUAAAGAUUCACAACAUUCAGGGAAGGGAUAAUAGCUUUCAAAUUCUACCAAUAACGGAGAUUCGUCUUCGUUUAUCAACUUCGAUUGCGCAAUUUGAUCAAUUGAGGGGCCGAAGUGGACGACAAGGAGAUCCCGGCGAAAGCAGGUUUUAUGUUUCCCUGGAAGACGAGUUAAUCAAGAAUUUUGGGUUUAAAGAGCAAGUAGGAAAAAUUUUCAGUCAAAAGCAACUAAAAGAACCUUUUCACCUUGGUGUCUUUGAGGAGUUUUCAUUUUUCAUCUCGAUCACAAGCAGUGCUAAAUCUCCUCGACUAUUGCUCUCCACAAUCGCGGCCACGUUUACAGUCAGACAACAAUUAUCAAUAUUAUCGAUAGACCUAAUCGAAAACGUUACAUUCAUGUCUUUUCCUUAUGGAAUUUUCAGUCUAGGAUCCUACCUGAUUAAAUCAAACUUGAAAUUAACUAUUGUCGACCUCAUGGUCCAAUCCUUGACAAUUGAGAAUGCAGAAUUGGCG